AUGGAAGAAGUGAGUCAGAUAAGCAAGCACUGUUUGUUCACCUUGGAUGGGAGCUUUGCUUGGGAAUCCACUCCCGCUUGUGGAUGCAUUGAGCUCAACGUCUCGUUUGGCAUCCUUUUCGGACGGGCAGGGUCGCGGUGGUGCGUGGUGAUGCCGCCGCCGCCGCCGCCCGCGCCGCGGAUGCCGGGCCCCCCCGCCCCCCCGCGCCUUCCUGCCGCACGAGGAGGCGGCGGCGGAGGGGAUGUUCGCGGUGCUCUGCUGGCGGACAUCAGGGGCGGCGCCACGCUCAAGAAGACGGUCACCAAUGACCGCUCCGCGCCGAUCGUCGGUACCAGCAAGCCAUCAUCCAAUGGCGGGUCUUACUCCAGCAAUGGAGGAGGCGGAGGGAGCUUGGGCAGCGGAGGUGGGAUGAUGAACGGAGGCGCCCCGCAGCUGGGCGGGCUCUUCACGGGGGGAAUGCCAAAGCUGAAGCCAACUGGGAGGGGCAUAGGCGCCCACAGUUCGGCUGGAGGCAGAAGUGCUCCCUUAUUACCUCCAGGGAGAAAACCAGCUCCCAGCAUUCCUGAUCAUGACAUGUCUGGUGACUCAGAGCAGGCGACUGACAACAGUAGUAUACCACCUAGUCCUAAGCCCAGUAGUAAGAGUAGUCCAGCCCCACCUCCUCCCCCUGCAUCGAGAAAACCUAACUUUUCUAAUGAUCGGCAAGCAAGGGGACCCCUGCCGGAUCCCCCCAACCCUGCCAAUAAGCCUUCAUCCCUAAAGCCUUCACCGCAGGAUGUGAUACCAACAUCAGCCCCUUCCAAAGCUGGUCAUCCAACCCUUCCAAGUAAACCAAAUUUAGUGAUUAAACCAAGUGUUGGAAACAAGCCAGCGCCUCCUAAACCCCCUAGCUCAGUAAAACCUUUACUACCACCUAAGUUACCUGUAGCACAGCCUAAUGGGAACACUCCAGUGAGUAGACCUGCAUCAAGAACAAGUAGCAUGAAGGAAUACAGAAGUACAAGUGAAAUGGAUUUCUCAGACCAUAAUGAGUAUUCAAAGGAAGACAUGUUAUCGUCAAGUAUGGCACGCACCCUGCCAGCUCAUCACCACAAGCAAGCUCCUGGUGGACCACCCUUUGGCCACGGCUCGAAUCGCUCUGUGACCGUUGGCAGAAUGUCUGGCUCAAACAUUGUCAGAUCCAUGACGCGUGCACCAGCAGAGCGACCGCCACCCCCACCCAGUAGACCAAGCGUACCCGCGCCUCCACCUCCAAACCAGCCGCCUCCACCGCCACCUCACCGGCAAGGACCUCCUCCCCCACCCACUGCAAAGCCUGAGCCUCCAAGCAUAGCCCCCCCUCCACCACCUCCAAAUAGAUUUCAGUCAGCGCGCCCUUCAGGUGGCGAUUUUGAAAGCAAAUUCCAGUUUCAUGGGGCGCAUACAUUCCCCUUGCCCCUCGUGUACCAGAACUGCACCAAGACGUACCCCAGCAGGAAUGAUAUUCCUUUCUAUCUUCAUAGUUCAUAUUUACAACUCCAAAGUGGUACAUCUGAAGCCAAACCUGCCAGUCAGCGCCGUGCCCCACCUCCUCCUCCAGGACCUCACCCUUCAUCAGCUUCCAUAAGCAAUACAUCUUCACAGUCCUCAUUGCAUCGUUUCCCAACCAAUACACACACUUCUCCUCCUCCUCCACCACCUCAUGCUCCUCUUCAUCUACAAGUUGGUGCGAAAAUGUAUGGAACAGAGGCUUCACACUGCUAGGAUAUGCUUGUCUUGUCAACAAUAUGGGCCAGUGUACUGCAAAGCCAUUCUGUCUGUGAAUUGUUGAAUGUCAUUCUUAUGUUUUAUGUUUAUUUUGUCUGUCUAUUUUGUCUGGUGUCUUCUGACCUAUUCAAAAUACAAUUGAUACAAUUGAGAAAAAUUAUGAUUAUUUAUGAUUAUUUGAUGAAAUUAUAAAAUGUGACAGAUGGGAGGUUUGCUUCUCUGGGAUAUGUGAAUUAAUAAGCCAAAGCUAAUAGUAGUCCAAAAUGGAUAAUAAGAACAUUAUAUGGUGAAGGGUUGAUUUUGUGCUGUACUGACAGUGGUAUUCCAUGUGAAGUUUCUGACAAGAAAGCCUGAUUCUCUGUUGUUGCAUUGAUUUUUUAGGCCAAAUUUUCAUGAGAUAAAUGACUUGGAUCACACUGGCACUGUAUGUGUAACAAGAAAACCGCAAAAAGUGCCUUCUGUACAUUUUGUCUUCAGAAUUUUUCCACUUAAACAGCGUUUAGGACCCACUUGUUGAUAUUGACCACAUGUGAUUAAUGUGAUAAAAACACAACUGUUAGAUGGAAGUUAAGGGGGUUGCCAAUAUUCAGGUAGCAGGUGCAGAUAUUUGAAUAUAAACUGACCCCACUGCUAAGAGUGUGCAAUAUUUUCCGAGAGCAGAAUACCUUUAGCUGGAUAAUCAUCAGGGAAAGUAUCCAGAAAAGGGACUUCCUAAACCUUUUACCGAGUGCCAAGCUUCAGGUUACUCCUGUUUAUUAUUGUAAAUAUUGUUGAUGUUCAUACAAAAUAUCUGCUCAUAUUUGGUAAGUCUUUGGAAUGUUAUGCCAGAAAAAAAAAAGAAAAAAAAAAGAAAAAAAAAAGGUAGAUGAGUACAAGGUUAUCAAAAAGAAGAAAAAGUUUAUUGAUAGGGUCUGGCUUUCACUAAUUUGUUUUUUGUAUUUCUUAUAAUUAUUAUUGGCAUUUAUUAUUAUUAUUAUUAUUAUCAUCAUCAUUAUCAUUAUUAUUUGUUUAGUUUUUUCCUUUAUUUUAGUGCUGUUAUUAUCAUCAUUAUCAUUAUCACUUGUCAUUCAGCAUCUUUCAAUACUGCAGUCAUUGUCAUCAUUACCCAUAUUAGUGGUAUAUAUUGGUGUCAUUAUCAUCUUCAAAAUUUAGAUCCUUGUAAAUUUGAAUUUGUGCUUUUUUUAGCAUUUCAUAUCAAGGCAAGUAAUCAAAUUACCAUGUUAAUCUAAUGAGAGGAAAUAAAAAAUGUCAUUGUGCCAUGAAGUGUGAUUUGGAGAUAACGUAGUAUUUAUGAAUAUUUUAAAUUUAUAUUAAUGAUAUAUUCAAUGGUAACUUUACUAAUUAUGAGUAACUGGUUUAGAUAUAAUAAUCUUCUCAUGAUUAUUACUAAACACUCCUUUUUUGGUUUAGAAACUGAUUUUCUUUUAGCUAUCAUCUUAUAGAUAUUUGAAAAAUCUUCACACAUUCCUUUUUAUGAUGCCAGACGUUUAAGAUAUUUUAUUUUUAUUUUCAAAAGCUUGUGUUUUGUUUUUUUCAUUUUAAUUUUUUUUCUCACCAGUUUUAUUUUUUAUGCUUCUUAUUCAAUAAUUUUUGAGAUGAGCUCUGUGAUGUUCAGAACAUAUCAUAUCUUUUGGUAAUGCUGUGCUCACCAAUGAUCGUAAACUGGAGGUUUUAUGAUUCGGCAAAAUCAGCAUAGAGUGCUUGGCUGGUUGCAUGCUCUGUACACACCGUCCAUAACCAUUUUCUGCAAGGUGUUCCAGGCGCACCAGUGCCUUUCUUGCGUAGUAGGAGGACAACUACAUCUGUAUGUGGAAUGUCGCUUCGUGCUGCCUCAAGUUGGCCUGGAACUUCUUCACAAGCCACUCCCCCAUUGCAUGCACCAGUCUGCCUGCAGCGUUCCUCGGGGCUGCAUUCCCUGGUCUACCAAGUGAUCCCUAUGAGCAACAUUUAUGAUCCACAUUAGUGAUACUUCUCUUAUGUUCCCGACAGAUAUAUAAGUAUAGGAAGAUGUUAAAAAAAAAAAAAUUGCCAUUUUAGAUAUAAGUUGAAUUUUGUUUGUACACUUCACUUAUUAUUAUUCUUGUUUGGAAUUGUAACCAUUAAUCCUCUUGUAUUUAUUAUAUAUCGACUCGUUUGUAACUGGAAGAUCUUGAGUUCCGCAGCUUUAUUUAGCCGACUCAUGUAUUUUUACACUCUAGUCGCACUCCUGGUGAUCGCUGCUGAGAGAUGAGCACUUUCCUAAAUGUCUGGCCAGUUAAAAUGUUAUGAAGUUAUAAUGAGGAAGAAAUUUGUCUUUUUUUCUGAGUUGUAAUUCUCAUAAGAAGUCUUUUAUAUGCAAAGUGGGACAUCAUUUGCAACCAUGGAUUUUGUUCAUUCAUUUAACCAAGAAUAUGUAGUGCAUUAUACUGUAUGACAGUAUUAUAGGGGUUGUAUAAGAAAUUAGCAGUCUAUCUGUAGGGGCUGUUUAAUUAAUUCAACAUUUUCACAAAUGUACACAAUAUAAACUGUUUAAUGAAACCAUAUUUUAUUUUGAAUUAUUAAAUUUAAGGCCAAUUUGGUGGGUGUUCAUUUUUUGGAGGUGUGUGUGUGCGUGUGCGCGUGUGUGUGUUUGCGUGUGUGGAUACAACUCUUUCCUCUUCUUCAUAUUUGUUGCUUUAAUUUUUUUUUUUUUUCUUACUACCUAUGGAAAUGUUAAUAUUUCAUUUUUUAUUGUCCCUUUGGCACACACAAAGUUUAAACUGAGGAUGAACACAGUAUGAUUUAUGCAUAUAAUGUAAAAAUGUCUUUGGUUGAUUAGUCACCUAAUUUGUGUAUAUAUAUAUUUACCUGUAGAUUAGUAUUUUAUUGAGUUUAAAAGCUGUUUACUUUAUACCCAGAACUUGGAAUUUAAUUAAAAUUAAGUAUCAUCAUAUAUGAAGUUUGAUACUAAACACCAUGGGUUAACUUGGGAGUGUACUGUUUUUGUAUUGUGUUGUAUAAGGAUUGAUUACACAAUUUGAUUUACUUUGAACCAUUAUGAACCUUAGGAAAUGACAACUCUUCCAGCAUACCAUUGCAGAAUAUAUGGUUAAAAAGAAAAAGUGAAAUGGGGGUGCCAAAGUAUUUUUGAUACUUUCCAGCUAAUUCUAAAUUUCGGUGUGUUGUGGAAUACACACAUCACCGCCAUGUCAGUAACUGCUCACCAAUACUUGACACUCAUGCACCAUGUCUGUUCUGGAUGCAUGACUUUUCAGGGGAUUUUAUUGAAAAAUAGUUUGUGAUUAUUGAUAAAAAGUUUGUGAUUUUGGGGAAGUUUUAAAUACUUGUUUUUUUAAGUUUGCACUUUCAGAUUUUAUGAUUAUGGGCUACAUCAUUUUUACAGUUUUUGAGCAUGACAGCAACCAAAGACAUUAGAUGACAAUAUUGAAUUUAAUUAGAAAUGAGAAUAGUGUCAUAGAUAAGCUUUUUGUGAGCAGUUAUACUCAUUUGAAGGUCAGAAGAAAAUCCUUAAACAUGCAAAAAAGAUGGACAUGAGACUAGGAUAAUAUCAUUGACAAGAAAGAGAAGAAAUGCUCACCUGUUUCAAGGGAAAGUUGGGUACAUACCAGUAUAGGCAGAAACAGAAGAAACAGGGUCAUGUUCCUUUCUGACCUCUGACCCCAAUUUCUGUAUUUCCAUCUCUACUUGCAGUCACACACAGGUAUUUUCACACACUGUAGAUAUUUACUUUUUUCUGUAAAGAUUAUUGUUCCCGUAUCUUGAUUAUCUAGUCUUACCUUUUACACGAUAUUGUAUGAAGAAAAUUGAAUCUUCUGAUAAGUAUCUUUUUUUUUUUGUCUUUUUUUCUUUCUUUUUUUUCUUUUUUUGCUAUAAGGCUUUACAGUAAAAGUUGUUUAUUUAAAAAUCAGGUUAAUUUAUCAUACAUUCAUCCUAUAGUAUUUGUAAUACAAUUUCAAUAACUUCUAUUUUGCCAGAUCAAAAAUGUAAAUAAUUGUGUAUAUAUUGCCUCUGGGUGUAGGUAAGAGCAUCCAUAUAUUAAAAAGUGUUAUUAUUGUGCUAUAUUCAUAAAUACAAUACUAAAUAAUCCA